UUCCCUUACCCCAUCUCUCCAUCUAUUAGUUUGUGCAUCUCUCUCUGCCUCGCUUCGCUGAUCCAUGUGCGGGCGGAUGGUUCUUUGUGAAAUAUCCUAUAGUUUUUUUAACAAAACAAUCAUUUAUACACGAGAUAAGUGUAUAAAAUGACUGCUGAAAACGAGCGUGAAAUAUAUCACAAGUUGGAAGCCAUGAAAGAGAUCAGGAACAAGACGAUAUCGCUGGAGCGGCUAAAGCGCAGCAUUGUGAACGAGGUGCGUAGUGGCGAUCAGGAGGGGCGGUGUCUGGCGCAAUACAAGCGCGAGAUGGAGUUGCUGCAGCAGGAGAAGAUGAGCCACGUCGAAGAGCUGCGCCAAAUACACGCCGACAUUAACGCUAUGGAGACAGUAAUUAAGCAGACAGAGGAAAGCAUGACGCGCAAGCUGUCGAACGCCAGUCGUUUGCAUGAAGACUACCGGCCGCUUAAAGCUGAGGUGGACUUGCUGCGCCGCCAAUACCUCGGUCUGGAUCGCCUGCCAGAUCUGCAUGAAGAGGAGGGCAGCCCCAUCACUCCAGACCGCUUCCCGCCGCUGUCGAGCGCGCCGGUGCGCUCGGUGCCGGCGUUUCUGGCGCCCGCGCCGCCGCGCAAGCCGCCGCCGCCGCCGCCCGCAUUCAGGUCUGCCCUCGACCAAGAUUUCCUUACCGUCUCGCUGAGGCAGCAGCCGCCGCCGAUGAAGUCGUGCCUGUCGUGCCACCAACAGAUUCACCGCAACGCGCCUAUAUGUCCUCUCUGCAAGGCCAAGAGCCGCAGCCGCAAUCCCAAGAAGCCCAAGAAGAAAUAGUCACCCACCGCCGACCACCAGACCGCUACCCGAUCAAAUCUUAUUUGGUUUUAGUUGUUACUUCGUCGGUGUCUGCAAAUUUUAUAAACAACGAGGAAAGCUUACAUGAAGUCACUUGUAAUUGUAAUUUUUGUUUAGGUAGUGACAGAUUAGAAAAGCUUUAGGAUGAAUGUUCCAUAAUAAAAAAUAAAUCAUAACAUUUACAUCACUACUGUAAAGUAAUUCAAGAAAUUUUCAACAGUUGUCAAUCUCGUGCCAAAUUAAUAUUUAUUUAGGACUGUCGAUCUCAUGUAAAUAUUAAGGAGUAUCUCUCCGAUCCGUUGUACAUUGUGUAUAUAAAAUUAAUUCGUAUGUUAUUAAUUACGUAUAUGUACUAUUAUUCAUUUGGUUACAAAGAAGAGCUUAGCGGGCAGUAUUAAGUAUUCAAAUAAUUGAAACAUUAAGAAUAAACAUACAAUAUAGCCACUAACUUCCACUUUGUGUUUUUGUAAUAUUCUAUAAUAGGCAAUGGCUGAGAAUAGUCUCAAAUUAGAAAACUACCUUCUAGAAUAUUGAUGUGUGUAUUUUUAAAAUAAAUAGUUGUAAGAAGUACCAUUUGAAUGACGCGACCUCUUAAUGUUGAUGCAAUCGCCACGAUUAAUUAAGUAAUACCUGAUUUGCUAAGCGAUCCCGUGGCACAUCUGAUAUAGUAGAUUCACUACGAGCAACUAAAUUGAAGCCUGCAUGUUUAUGCGCUUGUAACACAACCAUUUGAUGAAUUCCCAAAAAGCUCGCGUAACUAAAUCAAAUAAACGACAAGAGCGGUUGAUCCCAUGACUAACUCUGACUAAUCAGUAUUAUUUAUUGUUAUUUUGUAGAACUACAUUAAGCCUAUGUAUAAGUCGGCGUUGGUUGUCGCCGUAGAGCAACGCCGCGUCUGAAUAAUAGCGUCGACUUGAUUGUGAAUAGUUAGUUUUUACAAUAUAUCACUC